CUGUGGCUGUACGUCCAAGUGACGUUCUGGUGCUGGCAAGUUAAUUUAUACUCAUUCCUAAAAGCCAUACAAAGAUGAUGGUGAGGUAUCACCUUUUAAACUUUCCAGGAACUCUCAGAGUUACUGAGUUUGGAACUGGAGGAUUUAGACCUAGUCAAGAUGAAGAACUGAUGAUAUGCUUUCAGAUCUACUGAUGUCCUACAGGACCAAUGUGUUUCAGGAAAUUGCAUUAGUUUCUGAUUGUUAUUGUUAGUUUGUCGACUUCCACAAACAUGUGGGAAAGAACGGAGUUCACAGAAAUCACCUUGGAAGACCCCAGGAGAGAGGACAGUAAGACUGAUUUCAUUAACCCAGCCUACCAGCCCGACUGUGGAAAUGAAGACCAGGGGGAUCACGGAACUGGAAAGUGCCUGAAAACUAACCUGCAGAAUGGAUCGGUACAUGGUUCCUGGGAAACACUCGUUGGAAGAGCUGGUGUGUGCCCAGGUCCGAUGUGGCUCUUAGUUACAGUUUUGGCUGUAAUUCUGACCGUGACUAUUGGAGGGAGUUUGAUCAUCUUCACUGUCCAACUGGUUAUUCAGAAGUCAACAACCAAUCACUCUGGGGAACUGACUGAUGUGCCCAAUCAUAUUAACAAGACUUCAACCAGUCUCUUUACAGCUUCUGCCACUGCUUCCAGCUCUGAGAACACAGCCCAGCUUACUCCUGGUGCUUCAGCAUUCCAGACCUCAGUGUCAUCACCACUGUGUGGUGGGAUCCUUCGAAACACCGAGGGCUCAUUUUCCACCCCUCGCUACCCAGCACAGUACCCUGCAAACUUGAUGUGCGUUUGGUGGAUCUUGGUGGAACCAGGGUACGUGAUCCAGUUUAAAGUUGACUCCUUAAACAUUGAGGGACGGUCACCUUGUCAUUUUGACCGGCUGGAUCUGCAUGAAGAAGAGGAAAAUGGAUUUUACAUGCACCAGAUAGCAAGGUUAUGUGGGAAUGUGGCGCCUCCUACUGUCAAUACCAACACCAGCAGGCUCAAAGUUUCUUUUGUGUCGGACUCGAGCGUUGGGGGAAGGGGCUUUAUUGCACGAUACUGGAUGAUUGCACCAAGUGAUAAAAGCUGUGCCUGGGAUGAAUUUCUGUGUGAUGGGGGCCGGUGUCUUUUCGCCAGCUCUAACUGCAAUAAUUUUUACGAUUGUUUGGACAAGAGCGAUGAGGUGAAUUGUGCUCAGUAUCAUGAUUGUGGAGGGGUUCUGACCACUCUGGAAGGAUCUCUCGUCACUCCCAAACACCCUGAGCAGUAUCCACACAGGCUGAUGUGUGUAUGGCACAUCUCAGUUCCUCGGAGUCAUGUGGUCCAGCUGCUGUUUCACAACUUCAGCCUGGAGGCUGCUGCCGACUGUCGAUACAACUUUGUGGAGGUGCAUGACCAAGCCAGCAGUAGUCCCAGCACACUAAUGGGCAGAUACUGUGGGGACUCCCCCCCUCCAACCCUGACAUCCCCCCAACAUGAGAUGUUGGUUCUGUUUGUGGCUGAUGAUGCAGACUCAGAUGUGGGGUUCUUUGCCACCUACAAGGCUGUCAACAGAAGUGAGGUGACAUGUAGUCCCCAUGAGUUCAGCUGUAUAAACGGGCAGUGUGAAGCAAUGCAGUGGGUGUGUGAUGGCUGGAGUGACUGCUCAGAUGGGAGUGAUGAAAUGAACUGCACUGACGUCACACAUCUUCCUUACGAACCUGCCUGUGAGAAGAUUGAGGUGGAGAUGUGCCACGGACUGAGUUAUAAUGAAACUUCAUUCCCCAAUAUCUGGCUUGGAAUUCCAGAUCAGAGAAGUGCUAUUUCUACCCUGAAGGACUACAAGCUCCUGAUGGGCUUGGUUUGCUAUGAGAAACUUCGCCUGCUGACUUGCAGCAUCUUUGUGCCCAAAUGCACAUGGGACGGUGGUGUCGUACCACCUUGCCAGUCUCUCUGCCUAUCUGCUGAAAAACAGUGUCAGCAUUCACUGGAGUCUUUGGGCAUAAUAUGGCCUUUUAACUGCAACCUUUUUCCGGAUUCUGAUGACCCCAUUGAAUGUAUGAGACCUUAGAUGAAAAAUGUUACAUCCCAAUCCAAUCCAGAUCUACAUCCACCUUGGCUCCAGGAAUACAAAUUAUUUUAAUUGCAACUCAAUAACAUCAGCAGCAGGGAAACCAUAUGAACAAGUUUCAUUAAAUGCUAACUAUGCAUUUCUUUGUUAAUGAACUUGUACACCAGGUGAAGUUCUAUUGCUUCUUUGCCAAGACAAAAACUGUCUUGAUGGCCUGAGUGGAUAUUGGUGGGUGAGAGGCUAGAUCAUCACCUACUGUAAAAUAGGAAUACAUGUGAUGGAACACUAACUUUUGUUUUGAGGCAGCGCAAACUACAGGAAAAGUUUUCAGAAAGCUAUUUAUAAUCCAAAACAAGAACAUAUUUUGCAGUUAUGAAAACUCCCCGAGAUGGAAAUUCUAACUUGUGUAAAAACUCGUGCAAAUGUAGGCUUACCAGGUGGUCCAUUGUCGAAUUGUGCUAGGCUCCCAGCCUGUGAUGUCCUAGCAUGUACAAAGUCCUUUAGUCCGUGAUCUCCUAUCAUUGAAUUCCAUAAAGGUCACAGGAGAAACAUUGAUGGUUGUGGUGUGAGGGGUAAAUAUGACUGUUGAGAAAAUAAGAUAACAGUUGAUUGAUACCUCAAAGAUGUAAACAGAAUCAGUUUGUAAUUAUCCUGUUUGGAUGGGUGCUGUCUGUUUUCAGUCCCUGUAUAAACUGUUUACAUUCCCCAAAUCAUCUGACAGUCAUAGAAGAGCACAGCACAGAAACAGGCCCUUCAGCCCAUCUAGUCUGUACUGAUCCAUUUAAACUGCCUACUCCCAUCGACCGGGACCAUAGCCCUUCAAAGUCCUACCAUCUAUGUACCUAUGCAAACUUCUCUUAAACAUCUAUUCCAAUUUGGGGGUGGGGGGGGGGGCACGGUUGAAUCUUACCAACUCUGUGCACACGCCUCCUUGGCCAAAUGAUGUCCUCUAUAAUUUAUAUGAUUUCAGCUUGCAUGGAGUGCCAAACUGGCAUAAUAGUCUCCCAAAAGGUGCCUCAGAUUCACCAGAUGAAUUCACAACCUAGUCCAGUACCAAGCUGCACAGACCAGGGAGGUCAUGGGUUUGAUGCAAAGCCUGCAUGGAGUCAGCUCGUAUAUGAGGAAUGAUAACUGGUCUUUAGUUAUGUAAGAAGUCAGUAUCAUUAGGAAGAAAUAGAAGAAAAUUGUGGAAAACAGUGAAGUAAAAGACAGAUUGACAAAACCUAUUUUUAACACCUUAUAAUAUUCAGUGCAAAUGAGCUGUAUCACAUAAUCGCAUAUAAUUUCACCAAAUCAUGUAACUGAUUCAAUUUAACUACAUAAUGGUUAUUUUAGUGGAGUUCAGUUACUGUCCACUUUUACUUACGGCUGUAUUUAUAAUUUUGAUGUCCUUUGUACUGUCAAAUAAGAUAAUUUAGAAAGUACUUGCAUUUAUAUGAAAAUCUGCAGAUGAUGCAAUUCUGAAACAAUAAAUAGUGUUUUCAAUCUGACUUUGC